AGUCUGCAUGUCCUGAACAAAGUACAAGACUCCUUCAUUCUCUUCUACAAAACGUUUGCUACCUUCUUCAACUUCUCCAGGAUGGAUCCGCGUGGAAAAACAUUGAGUACUGAGUCAACUGUAGCAGACGAAAGAAAAACUGAUAAAAAGACCGUAUCUGCAUCUGUCAUAAAUGAGGAUCUUUCUUCAGAAAUUUCAAAAUGUUCUUUGAUUGGAGCUCAAGUUCCAAGUUUGAAGAAAAGACUUAUUGUUCUUGACAUAAAUGGGUUGCUAGCAGAUGUAGUUUCUCCCCCUCCAAAGGAUCGCAAAGCAGAUGCAACCAUUGCGAGGAGGGCAAUAUUCAAGAGGCCCUUCUAUCUUGAGUUUCUGGAGUUUUGCUUUGAAAAGUUUGAAGUUGGCAUAUGGUCUUCGAGAUUGAAGAAAAAUGUUGAUUUAGUCGUUAAUUUUUUGAUGGGAGACAUGAAAAAGAGGUUGCUUUUCUGUUGGGACCUUUCUCAUUGCACUGGAACAUGCUUCAAAACUCUUGAAAACAAGCAUAAGGAUGUGGUUUUCAAGGACUUGAGGAAAAUUUGGGAUAAGUAUGAUCCUAAUCUUCCAUGGGAGAAAGGAUAUUACAAUGAAUCAAAUACGUUACUAUUGGAUGAUUCUCCCUAUAAGGCAUUGCUUAAUCCUCCAAACACCUCGGUCUUCCCUCAUACAUUCAGUUAUCAGGUUGAAAACGACAACUCUUUAGGUAAAAAUCUUUGUUGAGAAGGCAGGCUUAACUAAUUCUCUCUCUCCUUCUCUCUCUUUUUUUAAUGCUUAUUUACCUACUUUUAUUUAUUUCUUUGGAAGAAU